ACCAUCCUAGCCGUCCAAAAUCUCAAUCCAUAGCUCAUCAUGCACAACAGAACUUUUGGAGAAACACCAUUUCACCACCUUUAAGAAACCAGCUCCUGCUCUCAGUUCUUCAAGAAACACACACACACGAUAGUGAGAUGUCUCUGAGAUUUUUCUUUUGCUGCUCUAUUUUCGAGUAAAUUUUGGUGGCUAAUAUACAUGGCUGGUGAAGGAGAGAGUCCGCCAAUAGGAAUUGAUCUGGGAACAACUUACUCUUGUGUGGGAGUUUGGCAACAUGAUCACGUUGAGAUCAUAACUAACGACCAAGGGAAUAGAACGACACCAUCUUAUGUGGGGUUCACUGAUACUAAACGUUUGAUUGGAGACGCUGCUAAGAAUCAGGUCACCAUGAAUCCAACCAACACUGUUUUUGAUUCUAAAAGGUUGAUUGGAAGGAGAUACAGCGAUGCCUCGGUGCAAAGGGACAUGAAACUAUGGCCUUUUAAGGUCAUUGUUGGCCCUGGUGACAGACCCAUGAUUGUAGUGACACACAAGGGUGAAGAGAAGCAAUUCACCUCUGAGGAAAUCUCUUCAAUGGUCCUCAUGAAAAUGCGCGAGAUUGCUGAGGCGUACCUUGAAACCACUGUAAAGAAUGCUGUUGUUACUGUUCCUGCUUAUUUCAAUGAUUCGCAGCGUCAAGCUACAAUGGACGCUGGUGUCAUUGCUGGCCUGAAUGUGAUGUGUAUUGUAAAUGAGCCCACUGCUGCUGCUAUUACUUAUGGGCUUGACAAGAAAGCCCGUAGUUUUGGUGAGAGGAAUGUGCUUAUCUUUGAUCUAGGUGGUGGCAUUUUUGAUGUCUCUCUUGUUAACAUUGAAGAGGGUAUUUUUGAGGUGAAAUCUACAGCUGGAGAUACCCAUUUAGGAGGGGAAGAUUUUGACAAUAGGAUGGUGAACCACUUUGUUCAGGAGUUUAAGAGGAGGCAUAACAAGGAUAUCAGUGGUAACCCAAGAGCAUUGAGGAGGUUAAGGACUGCUUGUGAAAGGGCCAAGAGGACUCUCUCAUCCACUGCUCGAACUACAAUUGAGAUUGAUUUCCUUUAUAGCGGUAUUGAUUUUUACACAACUAUUACCCGAGCUAGAUUUGAAGAACUUAACAUGGAUUUAUUUAGGAAGUGUAUGGAAUCUGUGAAGAAGUGCUUGAGUGAUGCAAAGAUAGACAAAACCAGUGUCCAUGAUGUGGUUCUCGUUGGUGGGUCUACUAGGAUUCCUAAGGUUCAACAAUUGUUGCAGGACUUAUUCAAUGGUAAAGAGCUUUGCAAGAGCAUUAACCCUGAUGAGGCUGUAGCUUAUGGUGCUGCAGUUCAAGCUGCAAUCCUGAGUGGUGAGGGUAACGAGAAGGUCAAGGACCUUCUAUUGCUCGAUGUCACGCCUCGGUCCCUUGGUUUGGAGACAGCUGGUGGCAUUAUGAGUGUAUUGAUUCCAAGGAACACGACCAUCCCCAUCAAGAAAGAGCAGAUAUUUUCCACCUAUUCUGAUAAUCAGGUUGGAGUGUUGAUUCAGGUCUACGAGGGUGAGCGAGUUAGAACCCGUGACAACAAUUUGCUGGGCAAAUUUGAAUUAUCUGGCAUUCCUCGUGCUCCUAGGGGUGUUCCACUAAUCACUGUUCGCUUUGACAUUGAUGCCAAUGGUAUUCUGAAUGUCUUUGCUGAGGAUAAAACAAUUGGACAGAAGACUAAGAUGACUAUCACUAAUGACAAGGGCAGGCUUUCCAGAGAGGAGAUUGAGAAGAUGGUCCAAGAGGCAGAGAAAUACAAGUAUGAGGAUGAGGAACACAGAAAGAAGGUUGAGGCCAAGAAUGCACUGGAGAACUAUGCUUACAACAUGAGAUUUAGAGAUGAGAAGAUAAGUGCAAAGCCAGCAAUCGGAAUUGAUCUAGGAACGACAUACUCCCGUGUGGGAAUUUGGCAACAUGAUCACGUUGAGAUCAUAGCUAAUGACCAGGGUAAUAGAGCAACACCAUCUUGUGUCGCAUUCAUUAAUACUGAACGUUUGAUAGGAGACGCUGCUAAGAAUCAGGUCUCUAAGAAUCCAACAAACACUGUUUUUGAUGCUAAGAGAUUGAUUGGAAGGCGAUACAGCGAUGCAUCGGUGCAAAGGGACAUGAAAUUAUGGCCUUUUAAGGUCAUUGCUGGCCCUGGUGACAGACCCAUGAUUAUUGUGACAUACAAGGGUGAAGAGAAGCAAUUCGCCUCUGAGGAAAUCUCUUCAAUGGUCCUCAUGAAAAUGCGAGAGAUUGCUGAGACGCACCUUGAAACCACUAUAAAGAAUGCUGUUGUUACUGUUCCUGCUUAUUUCAAUGACUCGCAGCGUCAAGCUACAAUGGACGCUGGUGUCAUUGCUGGCCUAAAUGUAAUGUAUAUUAUAAAUGAGCCCACUGCAGCUGCUAUUGUUUAUGGGCUUGACAAGAAAGCUAGUAGUUUUGGUAAGAAGAAUGUGCUUAUCUUUGAUUUAGGUGGUGGCACUUUUGAUGUUUCUCUUCUUACCAUUGAAGAGGGUACUUUUGAGGUGAAAUCCAUAGCUGGAGAUGCCCAUUUAGGAGGGGAAGAUUUUGACAAUAGGAUGGUGAACCACUUCGUUAAGGAGUUUAAGAGGAGGCAUAAGAAGGAUAUUAGUGGUAACCCAAGAGCAUUGAGGAGGUUAAGGACUGCUUGUGAAAGGGCCAAGAGGACUCUGUCAUCCACUGCUCGAACUACAAUUGAGAUUGAUUUCCUUUAUGAGCAUAUUGAUUUUUAUGCAACUAUUACUCGAGCUAGAUUUGAAGAACUUAACAUGGAUUUAUUUAGGAAGUGUAUGGAAUCUGUGAAGAAGUGCUUGAGUGAUGCAAAGAUGGACAAAACCAGUGUCCAUGAUGUGGUUCUCGUUGGUGGGUCUACUAGGAUUCCUAAGGUUCAACAAUUGUUGCAGGAUUUCUUCAAUGGUAAAGAGCUGUAUAAGAGCAUUAACCCUGAUGAGGCUGUAGCCUAUGGUGCUGCAGUCCAGGCUGCAAUCCUGAGCGGUGAGGGUAAUGAGAAGGUCGAGGACCUUCUAUUGCUCGAUGUCACUCCUCGGUCCCUUGUUUUGGAGACAGCUGGUGGCGUUAUGACUGUAUUGAUUCCAAGGAACACGACCAUCCCCAUCAAGAAAAGGCAAGUGUUUUCCACUGAUUCUGAUAAUCAGCUUGGAGUGUUGAUUCAGGUCUAUGAGGGUGAGCGAAAUAGAACCCAUGAGAACAAUUUGCUAGGCAAAUUUGAAUUAUCUGGCAUUCCUUCUGCUCCUAGGGGUGUUCCACGAAUCGAUGUCUGCUUUGACAUUGAUGCCAAUGGUAUUCUGAAUGUCUUUGCCAAGGAUAAAACAACUGGACAGAAGAACAAGAUUACUAUCACUAAUGACAAGGGCAGGCUUUCCAGAGAGGAGAUUGAGAAGAUGGUCCAAGAGGCAGAGAAGUACAAGUAUGAGGAUGAGGAGCACAAAAAGAAGGUCAAGGCCAAGAAUGCACUGGAGAACUAUGCCUAUAAUAUGAGAUUUAGAGAUGAGACGAUCAGUGCAAAACUCUCCGCUGCUGAUAAGAAGAAAAUUGAAGAUGCAAUUGAGUUGGCCAUUCAGUGGCUUGGUGGGAAUCAACUCGCUGAGGCAGAUGAAUUUAAAGACAAGAUGAAAGAGUUGGAAAGCAUCUACAACCCAAUCCAAGGGGUACCAAGCACUAGCCGUGACAUGGGCAGAGUCAUAGAUGAGGAUGGUCCUUCUAUGGGUGCUAGAAGUGGCAUUGGGCCCAUUAUUGAGGACGUGGAUUAAGAAGUGGGGUGGAUACUUUUCCAAGGCUUAGAUGGGUUAAUGUCUUUUUCUUAAUCUGCCAUUUGUUAUGAUCUAAUAUGAUAAUCGAGGUUUAAGGAUGAUAUAUGAGAUGGAGUUUCAAUAUUUAAGGUGAUCAUUUCCUUUUAGUUUUUGCAA